UUGUGAAGGGCUCGCGCUUCCGUUGCUAAGGAAGCUCGAGCGCUCAAGCUCUUCCGGGUCGGGAGAGCACGUGUCACAGAGGAGUGUGGACCCACGAGUUUAUUAGAUGACAGCAGAAUCAGCUUCCAGCGUAAAUGUUAAGGAUAAAGAGAAGGAAAUUGGUGAAUCAGACCAGAAGAAAAAGACAAAGAAGAUCAACAACAGAAAGGCGGCAAAACUAAAGAGGAAAGAGCGAGAGAGGAAGGUCACCAUCUCCAUGUUGGAGAGGUUCCUCAAGAGGGCGAGGAGGUUAUCAAUGGAGCGUCAGAAGCAGGAGAAUGGUGAGAAUAGACCUGCAGAAAAAGGAGGAGAAGAAGAACAGGCCGACAGCGUGAUGAACAGAAAGACAGCUGAGAAUGAGGAGAAGAAAAAGAUGAAAAGGCUGGAGAGGAAAAUGAAGAAGAAAAAGACUAACGAGGUCAAAGAAGAAGCGAUAGAGGAGGGGAUCAGCGAAGGAGGUGUGGAAACGAGGGAUGUGGGAGUUCCAGAAAACAACAACAAGAAGAAAAACGCAAAAAAGAUCAAAGAAGAAGUGAUAGACAUCAGUGAUGGAGAGAUGGAAACGAGGGAUGUGGGAAUUCCAGAAAAGAAGGAGAAGAAAAACGUUAAAAAGAUCAAAGAAGAAGUGAUAGACAUCAGUGACGGAGAGAAGGAAACGAGGGAUGUGGGAGUUCCAGAAAAGAACAAAAAGAAGAAAAAUGCUACAAAGGUAAAAGAAGAAAAGAUGGAUGUGAGCAUCAGCGAAGGAGGUGUAGAAACAAGGGAUGUGGGAGUUCCAGAAAUGAACGAGAAGAAUAAAAACUCUAAUAAGGUCAAAGAAGAAAAGAUAGAUGUGAGCAUCAGCGAAGGAGGUGUGGAAACGAAGGAUGUUCCAGAAAAGAAGAAGAAAAAGAAGAAAAACACAAAAAAGAGGAAAGAAGAAGUGAUAGAAAUCAGUGAUGGAGAGCUGGAAACGAGGGAUGUGGGAGUUCCAGAAAAGAAGGAGAUGAAGAAAAAGAAGAUAAAGGAGGAGACGGAGGAGAAUGUGGAAACGAGGGAUGUUGGAGUUCCUGCAAAUGACAAGAAGAUAAACACCAAUAUCAAAGAAGAAGAAGAAGAAGAAGAAACAGGUAUGAACACUAGUGAGGGAGGUGUGGAAACGAGGGAUCUGAAGGAGAAGAAAAGAAAAAAGCCAAAAAAGAAAAAGGAAGAUGAAGGGAUGGAGGCCACUUUAAAUGAGGAAGAAGAAGAAGAAAAAGAAGAAGGAGGGACUCAGAGCAAACCUAAGAAGAAAAAGAUAAAGAGAGAAGCUCCAGAAGAUGAGAAGAACAGAGGAACGAAUGGAGGAGAGGAUGGAGUGAGUGGUCCUCCAAAGAAGAAGAAAAAGAAGAAGGAGAAAGCAAAGGAUGGAGAAGUGGAAGUGGAGAAAACUGAAGUGGUGAUUAGCGAAGAACCUGAAUCUUUUCCUCCUGAAAAAGUGAAGACGAAGAAAAAGAAAGAAGGGAACAUGCCUGAGGAGAACGGGAUAAACAGAGCUGAGGGAGAGGAAGAAAACGGAGAGGUGGAAGUUAAAGAGAAGAAGAAGAAAAAGAAGAGGAAGAUGCUAGAGGAGCAAGAAGACGAAGCUCAAUCUGCUCUGGAGGAUGGAAGGAUUAAAAAGAAAAAGUUAAAAAAGAGGACAGAGGAGGAUGUGGCAGUCGAAGAAGAAGAAGACGAAGAGAAAGAGAGAAAAAAGAAAAAGAAGGAGAAGAAAAAGAGUCCAGACUCCAUGGAAGAUGCAGAACUGAGUAAACAGAAACAGAGCCCAAAGAAAACGAGUAAAAUAAGCUCCUCCCCCUCUACCUUCUCCUCCAAUAAGAAUAUAAGAAUAAAGACGGAACCUGUGGAGUUAAACGAUGAGAUGAAUCUCUCUGUUCCUGUUAGUAAAGAAAAGCAGAAAAAGAGGAGGAUGAAUCAGACGGAUGAAGAAAAAGCAAAGGCUGAUGCUAUGCUAGUAAAGAAAGUUAUCAGAGUGAAAAUGGAGAGAGAGAUGGAGGAAGAGAAAACAGAGGAAACCCCCAGCGAUGUCGUGUUCCUGUCCGCACGGCCGGGAAAUCAGGAUGAGAUUUCUAUAGAUCAGGAGCGGAGGUUAGCCCUGCAGAGAGACGUGGACGAGGAAUCUCAGCCCAAGGCAGUGGCAUUUGGUCAGUGGGGCACGGCGCAGUUCGAGAGCUCGGACAGGCAGAUGAAGUUCCUGAGGCUGAUGGGCGGAUUUAAGAAGGGCGGUCAGCCAGUCGCUCAGCCGGCCGCUCAGAGCAGCAGCAGCAGCAGGUUCAACAUGGCUCUGGGGAAGCAGGACCAGCAGAAUCUGCAGCAAGGCCUCAUGGGACAGUUUGAGCGCGCUCAGAACCGGCGUAUGGACGUUCAGAACCGGGGCGUGGGGCUGGGGUUCACCGCGCCGUCCAAUAAGAAGUUCGCCAUCGACGUGAACGCGAGGAAAUCUGUGAAGUUUGACGACUGACUGAAGUGACGAAGCAUGACUGUACACAUGCUUCUGUGUUUAUUUAUACUUCACUUUUUAUGUAAAUGAUGUUCCUCCAAUCAUGAAGACUGUGGAUUGGACGAUGCCAUGAGUAAAUAUAUGUUAAUAGGCUAAUGAUUAAUGAUUGAUGCUUAUAAUUCAACGUAGAUUAAAACGCAGAUAAAAGACUCCCUUUAAGGUGUUAAAGAGGAAAUCCAUUAGUAUUUUUUAAAUGUUAUUGCUACUAUUAUUAUGUGAAAGGUAAAGAAUGCUGCAUUGAGUUGUGGGUAAUGUGGGCGGGGUCUCCUGCAUUGAAUAUGUAUAUAAUAUUUGUGCCAGAGUCACUUGAUCAUAUGUUCAUACGGACAUAUCUAGCCAGACACAGCCGGUCCUGAUACGAUCUUUAUUACCACCUGCUGCACUGCAUUGUACUGCACUGUCCACUGUGGGUGGUAAUAAUAUUAGCCUUCUGUGAUGUAUUAAGAUUAGUGUACAUUUCUGAUCCGAUUUGAGCUCAAUUAAUUUGAUUAAUAUGAAAUGUGAACAUGUGAACAUAAGCCCUAUCUGGACGGGAUUAGUUUCUCAGGGUAUUCUGGGGUAAUUUUCUCUUUUAUGGGGGGUUUUUAUCCUCUGUGAUUUUAUUCCCGUCCAGAACAACCAUAUACGUGUUUUUCUCAGACGUCCUCUGAGGUAAAAAAUUACAUCUAUUGGUUUUCUCUGAACUCUUUUCGUGGUCCUCCGGUAAUUUUAAGCCCAUACGGAUCCACAUCUCUGAGUUUCGUCUCCUCACAUUUAAAAAAAAAUAGCUAUUUGUCCACUGCUGCGCACCGUAAUUACACUUUGGGCGCGCUCCUUUUCCACAGCGAUCCAUUUAAAAAAAAAAAAACACACAACAGCGAGUGGAAAUGGAGGAGCUACUGAACUCUAUGUCACGUGACCGAGAAAGCCUAAAAAAAACUCACUGGUACUCCUGUUUUUUCAAUUGCAGUCCAGAAGAAAAAGUUUCAAAUCUCAACCACUAAAGUAUGGAGAUUAUUUCUGUAUAUCUGUUGAAAUGUGUGUGAAAGCAAUUCCGCAGGUCAGUCGUUUGAUCACUGUAAAUGUGUAUAAAGUAUGAACAGUUGAAAGUGGAUUAUUUUUAAGAAUAAACACUUUAUUGAGUCUCUUGUAAA